UUAUCUGUUUAAUUUCUCUAAUUUAUGAAACUCAUUAUGAUUCAUGAUAGUAGUAGUUCUUUAACGUCUAAGUCCCCUCCUUCCACGGCAAUAAUGAAGGAGAAGAUGGAAUUUGUUCUAGAUAAUGACAGUAUAACCCUCGUGUGUUCCGUUUAGGAGGGUGAAUCUGGUGGGGACGGUUAAGUAAAUCUACCACAUUUUGCUGCUUGUGUAGUUGUGUAGGACCCUUUGUUACCAGUCUUGAUGAUUAUAGGUUGUGAACAUUACAUAGUCAAGAGGCAACUAUUGAAGAUUCGUUUUAUGUUACUUUAUAGUCAAACACCUUUGUGUUGUUAGCAUCAAUGGUUUGUUAUAAUGUCAAGACAUAAGUUGGUCUUUCUUUCUCUUUUUUUCUUUGGGCUUAGUUGGAUACAUCCAGAACAAACAAACUCAGCUACUGCAUUCUUUGAAGUCAUCUUUUGUCAAUAUGCUUCUGAUUCACCUGAGAUGUGACUUUGAUUGUGUGUGGUCUGUCCCACUUUUAUAAUAUGGAAUCAAGUAUUGUAUUGUCCAUUGAGUGGGAUAUUAAAGAACCAAAUCUUGGUGUGGUGUUCAAGAGCUAUGAGUGAGCAGAUAUGGUUGAGUAGAACGGUCUUACACCAAAAAGAAACCAUAAUUUUUUAAUGAAAUCAGAUGUUUGGUCAAGAAUCAUGAACAUGAUGGCAUACCCUUAAUUUAAUGUGGUUUUGCAGUAGGCUACAUUGAAGAAUCAAAGAGGAGGCUGAAAAUAUCUACUCUGUGAACAAAGUUUUAUUCAUCCUGUGCAUUGGAGUGAUAAGAUUACAGUAUGCAGACCCAAAAGGCAAGAAAUGGAUCUCCAGAUGUUCCUAAGAAGGUGUCUCCUCGAGCUUCUCGAUCACUGAAGAUAGGAUCGCUAGAGUCUGAAUCCUCUUCACCUCCUGUCUCAGCUAAUAACAGAACACCAAAGGAUAAAAGUCCAAAAGUUCUGGAUCGUAGGUCUCCACGAAGCCCUGUCUCUGAGAAGAAGAGGCCGAGUAGAAUAACGGAGCUAGAGUCGCUAGUAUCACAGCUUCAAGAGGAGCUAAAGAAGGCGAAAGAUCAAGUCUCAGUGUCUGAAACAUCAAAGAAGCAAGCAGAGGAAGAAGCAGACAGGUCCAGGAAAGAGCUGCAAGAAGUUUCCUCUAAGCUUGAGGAGAACCAGAAUCAGUUUUUGGAAGUUUCAGCCUUGGAAGAAGAAACGGAUAAACCCGGUUCUCUUGUUCAUCAAGGUAUAUCUCAGGAGUGUGAUUUGGAGUUUAGUGCUACUGCUGGUGAAAGAGCAGCAUUGGCUGCUGUUGCUCAUGAGAUCCGACAGCUCAAGCUUCAGAUUGAGAUGGUGGCUUCUUCUGAAGCUGGUCAUGUGAAACAAGCUGAGUUGCAUAACUCGGAGGUACGACUGUUGAGAGGAAACUUGAUGGACACGAUUUUCCUUGUCGAGAGUUUCAGGAACCAACUUACGAACUGUGAGGUAUCAGAAGCUGAGACCGAGGCUAUGGCUACUGAAACUCUUAGGCAAUUGGAGAAUGCGAAAAAGGCAGUAGAAGAACUGAAGUCAGAUGGCACAAAAGCGGUUGAGAGUUACAAGAAGAUGGCGGUGGAGCUUCAACAGUCAAAAUCAAGGAUGGCGUGGCUUGAAGCUCUUGUGAAUAAACUUCAGACCAGUCCAGAGGAUUUGGAAAACCACGAAACCCUGCUUAAAGACUAUGAAAGUUUGAAACGUGGGGAAUCAAAUGAGAUGGAGGAAGAAGUAUCUUCCUUAAGAUGUGAGGUAGAGCGACUGAGAGCGGCUCUAGAAGCUUCUGAUCGAAAAGACCAAGAGGGGAACGUAGAGGCUUCUUCUCGGUUACGGAUACAAGCUGAACUCCAAUCUGAACUAAAGAUAGCUAAAUCUGAGAUAGACGAGCUAAAGGCGAGGUUGAUGGCCAAGGAAACAGAGCUACAGUUUAUUUCAGAGGAUAGAGACAACGUAUGCCAAAAACUGAUAAAGAACCAGAAAGAGAUAGAUGUUGAAGCUGAGCUGAAGAAACUAAGGGAGGGGAUCGAGAAUUUAAAGGCAGAUUUGAUGGAUAAAGAGACAGAACUCCAGAUUGUAUCAGAUGAGAACGAGACACUGAAGUCAGAUAUCCACAAGAGGGAGACAGAUGUACAAGAUGCAUUCAUGAAGCUAGGGAUUGCAAUGGAAGAGGCUGACAAGAGUAGCAAGAGAGCAGUUAGAGUCACGGAGCAACUAGAGGCUACUCAAACUUCAAACUCAGAAAUGGAAACAGAACUCAGGAAGUUAAAAGUUCAAUCAAACCAAUGGAGAAAAGCUGCUGAAGCAGCUACCGCCAUGCUGUCUGCUGGAAACAACGGGAACUAUAAUCAGACGAACUCUCCUUACUCUGAGGAUAUUGACGAUGAGUUGACGAAGAAGAAGAAUGGAAAUGUGCUCAAGAAAAUUGGUGUUUUGUGGAAGAAGCCUCAGAAAUAGCUGGGGAAUGACUUAUAUAAUUAGGUACCGUCGAUUUGGAGUUGGAUUAUAAGAGCAACUCCUGUGACUCCGGUAUUGAUGUGAAUUAGUAGUAGUCUGAGAACUAUGCUCUGGAAAAAAUACUUGUUGGAAAGAUUUAAGCUAAGUUGUCGUAAUUUUACUAUUAUGUUACGUUUCUCCAGGAAGAAGAUUACUAAAACUAAAAAAGUAUGUCAUUGUGCAACUAGGUAGAGGUAGUAACUGUUGUUAAUGUUCAUAAACAUGAAACCCUCUGGUUCACGUA